GGCUUGUGGCAGCAAGGUGUCGACCAUGGUGUUUAACAUUAACCAGGUCAGAGACAGAGUCCUGGGAGCGACGGUAGGGGCCCUCCUGCCAGUACUGCGCCUCCUGCUGCUCACAGUAUUUCCUGAAGAGGGCCAUCAAGUUUAUGAGCUAAAUGGCCCUCUCGCUUCUCAGUAUGACUUUAUCAUAGUGGGUGGAGGAGCAGCGGGGUGUGUGGUGGCGGCGAGGCUGUCGGAGGUGCCGGGGUGGCGGGUGCUGCUGCUGGAGGCUGGAGGUCCCCCGCCGCUGGAGACCAACGUCCCGGCCUUCCUCCCCAUCUCCUACGUUCCUGGGUACAAUUUGGACUGGGGAUACAGAACUGUCCCUCAGAAAUAUUCUUCUCAAAACUUUGCUAAUCAUGCAGCGAGGCAGCAUCAGGGGCGCGUGCUGGGCGGCGGCUCCACUGUCAACGCCAUGAUGUAUGUGCGUGGCAACCGACGGGACUUUGACCGGUGGGCAGCGAUGGGCAACCCUGGAUGGGACUUCCUCAGCGUCUUACCAUAUUUCAUCAAAUUCGAAGACUAUCGAGGAGAGGUUGGGGAAACGGAGGCAUUCCAUGGCCGCGGGGGCCCCAUAGGCGUCACCCCGGCGCCAAUAACGCCACUAACAGGAGCCUUCAUACAGGGCGGCCAGGAGCUCGGCUACUCUGUUAUCGACUACAAUGGCCCUGAACAACUGGGAUUCCCUGUGCCAACGUUUUCUAUCAAAGACGGGGUGAGGUCGUCCACUGCCAGGGAGUACUUAAGACCAGCAGCCUCCAGACCCAACCUUCACAUUCUCCAUAGUACCACAGUUCACAAGAUUAUCUUCCACAAAAAGAGAGCUAUUGGUGUCAGAUUUGAGCACAAUGGAAAGCUGCUGACGGUGGGAGCGAGGAGGGAAGUCAUACUGUCUGCCGGCCCAGUUGAAUCACCCAAGUUACUCAUGUUGUCCGGAGUUGGACCCAAGGAACACCUCCUCCAGCAUAAAUUGAAGGUGGUGGCAGACGUACCAGGUGUUGGCCAGAAUGUUCACGAUCACGUGGAAGUUUUAGGGCUCAGCUGGCUGGGGGUGAAGGGCACGUCUUCGCUCGGUUUACUUGAAACAUUCAACCCAGUUUCUCUCAACCAGUAUAAAACCACUAGACUAGGACCUGUGGCUACAGCGCCACUGAAUUUCCUAAGUGCUUGGGUAAAGGUUUCUCGGGAUGGUGACCCAUUGUGGCCUGACAUUCAAGUAUUUUUCAAUGGAGCGACGAUAGCAUUUGACAAAGGCACCCUGCACCCUGGCUUGUGGGGCUUUGAUAAGACGAGGUAUCAAGAGUACUUCGGUGAAAUAUACGGACGAGAAGGGUUCUGUAUCAGACCGAUCCUUGUGCUGCCCAAGAGUCGAGGCACCAUCACCCUCAGGUCCGCAGACGUUCAUGAACACCCAGAUAUUGACCCUAGGCUGCUUUCUCAUCCAGAUGAUGUUAGAACCCUGGUUGAAGGAGUCAAAUUUUCCCUAGCGUUGGGCAACACCUCAGGCUUCAACAACUUUGGAGCAAAGUUCUAUGAUAAGCAUCUCCUUCAGUGUAUUGAUGAAGUAUAUGGUACCGACGCCUACUGGGCUUGUUAUGUUCGUCACAUGACCACAACCUUCUACCAUCUUGCUGGAGGCUGCAAGAUGGCCCCAGCCUCAGACCCUCUGGGUGUGGUGGAUCACAGACUCAGGGCCCGUGGUGUGGCUGGGCUGCGGGUGGUGGGCGCUGCCAUCAUGCCCAUCGUCACCAACGGCAACACAUACUCUCCAACUGUUAUGAUUGCUGAGAAGGCCAGUGACAUGAUCAAGCAAGACUGGAGUAGCUUGGCAGCGAUCGGCACGUAACGGUGGAACAGUAAUAUGAUGUAGAUAAAGUAAGAGACUUAAAACUAGUAAAGUAAUGCAAUUGAACUGCAUCAAGAAACUGUUAACAAGCAAACUGCAUUAAUUCAAUCACCACAUGGACCUCACCUCGCUCUACCUCU